AUGAUCUCCGAGUCUCCUCCUAAGCUUCACAAUCUUCAUGAGCCCAGUGAUGGUUCCGGUCCCAAGAUUGACCCACAGGCCUGUUCUCAUGAAAUUGCUUCGGAUACCGACACAGAUGAUGAGGACGAUGUGGGCGACUCCAAAGAUGUGAAACAAGACGAUCCAGGAUCCGAUAACGACCAACACAAUGUUCGCUGGCAUCCGCAUGCACUUCAUUUUCUCGCUCAGGUUCCUCAAAGUGACGACGACUGGUCCCACUACCUCAGGAGGAACGUUGAUGUCGGCUCCUUGUGCCACCGUCUCAAAUUGCCCUACCUGUUCCCGGGCGUUCGGAGUCACCUUGAUUGGCCACGGUUCUUCAUCGAGUGUACCUGGCAUCUUGGCCGAGCUUGCAACAAUCCCUCUCUUGGUUCCCUCUUCUCACUCAUUUUCGUGGCUGCAUGCCAUGUGGCACUCAUGGAUGGCUGCCCACAAGAGGAAGUGUACAAGGGCCUGAGGGCCUGUGUGAGACAGUGCGGUAUUUCAGAAGAAGAAUUAACGCUGCCCAUGUUAGACAGGCUAAGAGAGGGAGUCAUCACAGGCAUCGGGAUACUCAGAGAGUAUAGUAAAGUGGUUGGUUGUCGUGCAAACGAAAUUCCUCUGCAUGCACACAAUUGUCUCCAAGUGUUCCAAUGCCGCAACCCUGCCUGCAUCAGCCUCAUUAAAGAGCAGAUAUCAUCAGCCUAUCGGCCGACAACACCCCUCGAAUCUGAAUACCUCGAGAUACCCUCUCUGGUUUAUGAAGUGCUGGGAGGCCGGCACUCCAAGUGGGAAUACAAAGCCAUCUACCGUAUGCUGUGCCCUCAAGAAACCGAGAGUAUAUGUGUAUAUGGCAAUGUCGAUGUGACUUGGGUGAUGGAAUAUGAUGAACGGGAUGAUCUUGUUGAAUGGGACGGGAGUUUAGAUACUGAGUUGGUGUGUGUAUCCAGUAUCGCUGAUGACUAG